UCCCCCGCCACGGCCUUCAAUGGGCGAGGACACGGACACGCGGAAAAUUAACCACAGCUUCCUGCGGGACCACAGCUAUGUGACCGAAGCCGAUAUCAUAUCUACCGUCGAGUUCAACCACACCGGAGAGCUGCUGGCCACAGGCGACAAGGGUGGCCGGGUCGUCAUCUUCCAGCGGGAACCAGAGAUGAGGACACUUGGAGAAGCCAUCCAGCUAAUGAGCAAAGACCAGGGACUGAAAGUCCCUGAGGUGCUCCGGCUGGACUUCUGCUUUGCCGUGGUCCACCAGCAGGGCACGGCCCUUGGGGCCAUCUUGCCUCGGCCCGCGCUGGGCCUGGGGCCAGGGGCCCCGCCGUCCAUGUUCGCUGCUUUGUGCUGGUCCGUCCUCGCCUCUCGCCCCAUCAUCGGAGAAAUCCUCUUAGAGAUUGAUAACACCCUCACGUGUGCCAGACCCUUCGACGCAGAUUUCUCCGUUAGGAUCAGUCGUGAGGAGCUAGAGAAGGGAGCCAAAUGUGCCGUGUACAGAGACGUUCGUGGCACCAGUUUGCAUAAAACUAUCAAAUUAUGGAAGAUUACCGAACGCGAUAAAAGGCCCGAGGGCUAUAACCUGAAGGACGAAGAAGGGAAGCUUAAGGACCUGUCCACGGUGACGUCGCUACAGGUGCCGGUGCUGAAGCCCAUGGACCUGAUGGUGGAGGUGAGCCCGCGGAGGGUCUUCGCCAACGGCCACACCUACCACAUCAACUCCAUCUCCGUCAACAGCGACUGUGAGACCUACAUGUCGGCAGACGACCUGCGCAUCAACCUGUGGCACCUGGCUGUCACCGACCGGAGCUUCAACAUCGUGGACAUCAAGCCGGCCAACAUGGAGGACCUCACGGAGGUGAUCACCGCGUCCGAGUUCCACCCGCACCACUGCAACCUGUUCGUCUACAGCAGCAGCAAGGGCAGCCUGCGCCUCUGCGACAUGCGGGCGGCCGCCCUGUGCGACAAGCACGCCAAGCUCUUCGAGGAGCCCGAGGACCCCAGUAACCGUUCCUUCUUCUCGGAAAUCACCUCCUCCGUGUCCGACGUGAAGUUCAGCCAUAGCGGCCGGUACAUGCUCACCCGGGACUACCUCACGGUCAAGGUCUGGGACCUGAACAUGGAGGCGAGGCCCAUCGAGACCUACCAGGUCCACGAUUACCUUCGGAGCAAGCUCUGUUCCCUCUAUGAGAACGACUGUAUUUUCGACAAGUUCGAGUGUGCCUGGAACGGGAGCGACAGCAAGCCGCGGGCCGUGCUCAAGCCGCGGCGCGUGUGCGUGGGCGGCAAGCGGCGGCGGGACGACAUCAGCGUGGACAGCCUGGACUUCAGCAAGAAGAUCCUGCACACGGCCUGGCACCCCGCCGAGAACAUCAUCGCCAUCGCGGCCACCAACAACCUGUACAUCUUCCAGGACAAGGUGAACUCCGAGAUGCACUAGCCAGGAACUGGCCAGUGGACGGACGGCCGUGAAGAUCGGCCUUGACGUUCAGGGUCCUCUCGUUCCCGUCUGUACUUGGCCUGCGCGCGGGCCUUGACCACACGCUAGGGUUUUUUACAUCUCUGGGUGGAUUUUUCUCCCCGGGGAUUCCUUUCUGAGGAAGCGGGAGCCGAUGGGAGCUGCUUCUCUCGUGGCCGACCCGCCCCCGGUCAGGGCUCUGGGGACAGAUCGUGAAGCUCAGAGAAGCCGGCCAGGGUUCCCGGUUACAAACGGGGCAGUUUCUCCUGCUGUCUCACAGCCGAGGGCCUCGCCCUCACGUUUCGGACUGUGAAUUCGUGCUGAGAGUUCGCGGAUACAAGCGCCUCCUCUCGGUCCUUUCUGGACCCCGGUCCGUCUCGGCGUCCUGAGAGGGAGGGGCGGGCUGAGGUAUUCCCGUGUGCGUGCGCGUGUGCGUGUCUGUCGUCCUCACCACUCACCCACCCUGCGCUGUGUGCUUGCCAUGUCCCGGCCCUCGGUCCUUCAGCGCAUUGAUUUACUCCCCACCUCAGCUCUGCAGGGCUCCCUGUCAUCCUCCAGCCGUCCCUGGGCACCCAUGGGAGCUCAGUCUGGGUCUGCCCAGGAACUUUUGGAAUCUUCAUUGUGACCCUGUGAGGUGGGAGGUGUCCAUUUCCUCCACAAACACCCACUACUGCCCUCUGCGCGCCAGGUGCUGUGCCAGGCUCCGGGCAUUAAAAGGUGAAUCAUUCACCAUCCCUGUUGAACAGCUGCGGGACGGAGGCCCCGGAAUGACCACGAUUUGCCCAGGUGUGCGCCAACCGAGCUGGGGAGUCAGGGACCCCGUCCAGGCCUUCACACAUGAGCUGGUGGCUCAUGUUAAAGCCACAGUCUAGCCCAGAAGGUUCUGGAGACUUCCGUUCAUCUGUGAAGCACGACAGAGCAGGUGGGACGAUGACGGAGGUCCUGGGAGAACCAAGGUGCAGCGAGAAGGUCGGAGAAGACACUGGUGGCUCCUCGCUCUGUCUGGGGACUUCGAGAGCUUGGCCCUCCACCCACACCGACCCCGGCCUCUUUCUCAGGUGCACUAGACUGCCUCCGAAAGAGUCUCGCAUGUCACCACCACGUUAGGGGACCUUCCCUUGACUGACUGCACAGUCUCGGGACACUUAAUAGUUCCCGCGGCUCUGUCGAGACCAGCUCCGCCCACCCCGCCCACCCCACCACGAACCGUCAUGGCCUAGGACGGCAGCGGGACCCGUGCCUGCGCGUCUGGAUUCAGAAGGCAGCCUGCAGACGCCCUCGCCACAUCCAACCUUUUUCACAAGAUGUAACCUAACCCAGGAGAUAAAACCACCCAAGAUUUUUUUGUCAAUGGGUAACGGUAUACUUUCGUGUGUGUCAAAGCACAAAACGCAUGAGCACUCACUUCCGGCCAUACGAUAUUUACACAAGGAAAUGGGUCCAUUGAUUUUUUUUUUUUUUUUAUAAUCAAAGUGAAUGAAGAAUGUUUGUUUAUAUAUCACUGUAAAAUCCAGGCGACCUGGACAGUAUUAUAUGUACAUAUCUAUUCUAAUUAAAAUUAACAAUCACGAGAUUGGAUUCCUUUUUUUUUCCCCUUUGUAAAGAGGUUCAAGAAUGUGGUAAACUGUAUAGAAAUCUUGUUGAAGCCAAAAUCCAGCUCUGAGGGCCUUACACACUUACUUGGAUAUUUGGCACAGUCCAUUUCUCCUUGCGAUUCAGACGCUGAGAGGAAACUGGCAUUUGCAGCUCGAGGUGACUGUCAGAUAAUAGAUUCGACAUUGACCAUCCAUGAAAUGCAGAUCGCACGCUGCAUUCAGCAGCAGGUCUUCACACGGUUCCUGCUUCCUUCCGUUUCGAACUCUGGAUAUGAAACCAGAAAAGAGACCAAGAGGAAGACCAAACGCUCUCUCCGGAAGAAAAGCCCGUCUUCGGAUCCCUGGAAAGCGACGACGUCCAGAGCGAACUGUGAAUAAUAAGACGUUGUUUUGAGAAAAGGUGUUGAGGGGGGAGGGGGGAGACUGGAGAUGGCAGAAGGGCCGCGGGACCGGUCAGAGACGGCGCUUCCGGCCACCGUUUCGGUCCUCUGCUCUUCGCGAGUGUGCGGGCGCUCACAGCGCCCCUGUGAGCUCGUUGGGUUGUUUCUCUUCUGAUUGUCUCUGGGGACUGGGCUCUCGGUGGCAGUGUCCCACGCGUGACGGUAGAGUAGGCAGACCUGGUCAUUUUGGACUCUGUAACUCAUAGGUGCAUUCUUGUUUUGUGUCUCACGAAUUAUCCAACUGUUGAAUACAAUUAUAAAUAUGUGAAU